AUGACGAAUGAAAUAAAUGUUGCAAAAGAGAAAGUGCAAAAUGGAAAGACAGAAAUGUUCUCCAAUGGUUUGGACAGUCCACAGGGAAUAAAAAAAAUAUAUAAUGAUAAUUUGAAUAUGUCGGAAAAGUGCUUAAAAAAGGGAGAAAUUUGUACUUCUAAUGCUGUGAGUAAUGGAAAUGGAAGUAACAACGAUGUCUCAAAAACGGUACAGGAUUCAAUAUGUCAUGAGCCCUUCAAAUUAAUUUAUGAAGAUAGUUGCACACAUGUUGAAAUUCCAACCAUAAUGUGCCAAAGCGAAGAAAACAAAUAUAGUAACAGAACAUAUUUUGGUACUACUAUUAUUAAUAGGUAUAAAAGCAAAGAGAAAAGAAAUUGUAUAAACAAAAUAAACAAUUUAAAAUUAUUUUUAAAGAACAAAUUAAAAGAAGCUAAUUUGAAAAAUAGACGUGUAUUUUUAAACAACAUUAAGAAUAUCGAAGAUAUAUUAAAUUAUAAUUUUCGUUCGAUAAAGUAUAAUAGAUACAAAAAUGAUGUACCCCUGUUUUGUGAGCAUGACAACUUUGUUGGACAUAUACCGAUUGUAAAGAAUAAAUUACAGGAAUUAAAAAUUGCAGAGAUGAAAAGAAAUAUAAAACAAAGCACUGCAAUGAAUUCAGAUAAUAUACCAUUUAUUGCCAAUAAUAGUUUUGGAGAAAAUAUUCCUAAUCAAUGCAGCAAUGAAAAAACUAGUGAAAAUUAUAGUAUAGAUAAUAUUUAUGAAGGGGUCGAAGACGGAACAAAAAAAAAACAGAUAAAUAAAUCGAAUGAAGAAAACUUCAAUAAACCUUCAAACAAAUCAGACAAGUUAAAGCAAUUUUCUAUGUAUAGCAAAUUAAACGAAAUAAAAUGUGUAGAAGAACCUGGUAUGACAUAUAAAUGUGUGUAUCCCCCAAAUACAAAAAUUAACGAUGAUAUUAAAUGCCGUCACAAUGGAGAUAGUUCAAAAGGGCUUCAAAUAGAAAAUUCCCAAAUUGUGUUUAAUUCUAAAUUUGAAAGUGGUAACUUACAAUAUGUAUUAAAGGAAAAGAAUAAGGAAUAUUAUUCUUUAUUUAUAAAUAGUGAUAUAAGAAUGAAUAAGAAAACAAACCAAUGGUUUUAUUUUAGUGCAAGUUAUAUACCAGAUGAAUAUUACACAAAAGAAUUAAAAAAAGAAAAAGAAAAGAGACAAACAUGUAUGAAUGAAUUUUUAAAUGAUAUAAAUAAAGAAACAAAUUGUGAUCAUGUAAAAUAUUCAGUAGAUUUUUCUGAUAAAUUUCUUGUAAGCAAUAUUAAAAGGUUAAAAAAGCCUGUUUCUGUAAUAUUUCGUAUUGAAAAUAUGUCAAAGCCACAUUUUUUAUACAAAGAAGGAUAUUCUCCAUUAGUUUUUUCAGAGUGUAAAAAUAAAUUUGAAAAUAUACAAUGGGAAAGAAAUGCUUAUAAUAUAAAAUAUAUAAAAAACAAUAAAUCUAGAUAUUUUAAUAGUAAAAAAAAUUGUAUUGAAAAGUUAUCUUAUACUACUUACACAUUGGAAUUUAGCUAUGACUUUAUGUAUACAUGUGAUACAGUAUAUUUUUCAAGUUGUUAUCCAUAUACUUAUUCUUAUUUAAUGGAAUAUUUGUCUUCUAUAAAAAGUUAUGUAAAGAGAUCCAGGCCAGAAAUUAAUUACAUCGAGGAAACAUUGUGUAAGACAACUUGUGGUUUGAAUUGCCCUAUUUUGGCAAUAACAAAUAGUGAUAAAUUAUAUAAAACUUCAAAAGAGGAUAAGGAAAAUAAAAAAUCACAUCCAGGAUUAGAUGAUAACAUAAUGAAUAGUAUGCUCGACGGAAUAAACUUAUCUAAGCAUAACAAUAAAUGUUUUAAUUUUACAAAUUCGGAUAUGUUCGAUAGUUGUAAUGGUAUAAGCACUUAUAAUGAUAAAAUGUGGAUGUAUGACUUAUGUCCAUUUUCAAACGAAAUAAAUAGUGAGACAAUUUUUGAUGGAGUAAAUAAUUGUAAAUUGUCAAACAAGUUUAUGAGCGAAUUUUCAAAUUUAUUAAAAAAAAAAGUAAUUUUAAAAAUGGAUAGAAGGAAGAAAUAUGAGGAGAAAAUGGUAAUGCCAUGUUUAAGAGGGGCAUCAAUAUUAGUUAGUUCAAAUAAAUUGGAAAAUAAUUCAAAGGAAAUGACAAAGGAAAUAAUUUUUUUGACAUGUCGUGUGCAUCCAGGAGAAACAAAUGCAAGUUAUGCAAUGCAUGGAUUUUUAUCAUUUAUAAUAUCAAACAAUAUAUAUGCAAACAUUUUACGAAAAAAUUAUAUUUUUAUAAUUAUCCCAAUGUUAAACAUUGAUGGUGUAAUACUUGGUCAUAAUCGAUUUUGUUCUAACGGUUUUGAUUUAAAUAGACAGUGGGACAAACCUAUUUAUUACUUACACCCAACAAUAUAUACAGCUAAAUCAUUGCUUAAAAAUCUUCAGAAAAAUAAUAAUAAAAUAAUAUUUUAUUGUGAUUUUCAUGGUCAUUCCAGUAAGUAUAAUUGUUUUUUAUUUGGUAAUUCAGGUACAAGAACAUUUUUAAAAAAAAGUAAUUAUACUGAGCAUUUUGCAAAUAUCAUUUAUCAAUCUAUUCCGUGGUUUUCUUUAGAAGAUACUAAGUUUAAAAAUUUGAAUGAGAAUGAAGGGAAAGGCGGAACAGCUAGAUAUAUUUGUGGUACUGAACUAAAAAUCGAUUGUAGCUAUACGUUAGAGUUAUCUUUGUUAGGGGUGCGUGUAGGAAGAAGGUUGGAUUGUUUGUCAGAUAUUAGGGAUGACAGUUCUGCUAACAAUUUUGAUAAAUCCGCCGAUACAAUAAAUGAUAGUAAAGAUGUAGAUACUCUUUGUAGCCCUAGUAAAGGAAUUGAAACCACACCCAAUGCCAAAAUGAUUGUUAGGGGAAGUUCUACCCGAUGUUACACCAACAAGCCAAAAGUUAGCCGAAAAGAAACGGAAAAAAAUGCAAGCGAAUUUGAGGAUUCAGAAAAGUGUCAAAUUAAAUUAUGCAUGAGAAAUAAGAUAAAAUUAGAAGGAAAUAGUGGAAAUGAUAAUAAUAAGGACAACUUCAUAUUUUUUAAUGAAAACCUUUUACUGGUAACAGGGGUUAGUUUUGGGAUAUGUCUUUUUAAAUUUAUGAAUUUAUUUUCACACUGCAAUAUUUAUAAAAAAAUGGAUGAGCUAGGGGGAGAGGCUUUGCCAAUUUUAUCAACUAGUUUAGAUGACAUGUGUGUGGAUUCUUUGCAAAUAACAGAAAAUUUUCAUGACUUGGGUGGAAAAUUAAAUAAUAUGAACAAGUCAGGUAAUAAAGAAGAAAAUGAUAUUAUUAUUAAAAAAAAAAAAUUGAAUAAAAAUUAUCGGUUAAAAAUGAACAGUUGCACUUACAACAUUGAAAAUAAAAUAAAUAAUAAAAAUAGCUUGCAAUAUGCUACUAGUGACGGUUGUGACAAUGGUAAGAAAGUUGUAAAAGGGUAUGCCAAAAAUAAUGAAAAUAAAAAUAGUAUAGUUGGUAGUAGUAACAUUUCGUGUGUACAUGUAAGGAAUAAUUAUGGGGAUAAACCAGUAGUAGGUACUAGCCAUAAAAGUAUUUCUUUGGAUAAAAAAUUAAUAAAAAACUUUGAAGUUAUGCAAGGGAAUAAUUUGAAUGAUAAAAAUGGGUGUAACGGUAUUUUAGCUAGCUCAAAUGAAAAAGAUAAAGAAAAAAAAAUAGUAAUAAAAAAAGUACGUAGUAAUAAUAAAAAUAAGCUAGUAACAAAAAUGAAAAAAAAUUGGCAUAAUAAUGGGGGAAGAAAUAAGGACAAUGAUAAAGGGACAAAAGAAUGUUAUAGGGCUAAGAUAGGAAGUAAAAAGGGAUUAUUAAAAGGUGAGAGUGAAAAUGAUAAAAACAUUUUGAAAAUAAAUGAAUUAAUAAAUUUAGAUAUGUUUCCAAUUAUUAGUAGUUGUAAUAUUGUAAGCAAACAACAGAACAACAAUAGCACAAAAUUGGAUUUUAUUUCAAAUGUGUAUUAUAAAAAAUAUAUCAAUAAUAAAUAUAUAAAUACAAAAUAUGUUAUAAAAAGGAAAAGGAAGAUACGAUUGUGUAGAAAGAAGGGAAUUAGUUUUUCAGCUAAUUCGAAGGAACAACCUACUUGUAUUGAUAUUAUAAAAAAUAUAAUUAAAAGAGUAGAUUUGCAAAAUGAUGGUUAUAAACUAUUAGAAAAUAAAAAAAACAUUGCUUGUGAUAAGAGCCGCGAUAAUAAUAAUAAGAAGAAGGUAGAGAGGGGUAGGAAAAAGAAGAAAAAGAAAAAGAAAAAAAAUACAAAAAAUAUGAAAUAUAUUACAGUUUUAUCAAAUUGGCAUACCAAGUAA